AUGACUGGAACUGGAACACGCCUAGGGUCUGACCCUCCUCUUUCUGAGUGCCCGGAGCCAAUUGCCAUCGUAGGCAUGGGCUGUCGGUGGCCAGGCGGGGUUGAAAGUCCCUCAGAGUUGUGGGGGUUAUUGGAAGCGAAACAAGACGGCUGGUCUGAGUUUUCAGAGGACCGUAUCAACCUCAAGGGCUUCUACCACCCCAAUGGACAACGAUUGGGAAGCAUGUACACUAGGGGUGGUCACUUGCUCCGCGGAGACACCCGCGACUUUGAUCAUAGUUUCUUCGGUAUCUCGGCCACAGAAGCAAUGGCCUUGGACCCUAGCCAGCGCAAACUACUGGAAGUUACUUAUGAGGCGGUUGAAAAUGCCGGCGAACCUCUCGAGAGCUUCUCCGGUUCCAAGACUGGUGUUUUUGUGGGCAAUUUCAACAAUGAACACCAAAUCAUGCAGUAUCGAGAUCCAGAUCACACACUACCAUACGCCGUGACAGGAGGUGGUCCUACGAUUUUGAGUAAUCGCAUUAACUACGUUUUCAACCUCCAAGGGCCUAGUUUGAUGGUUGAUACGGCGUGCUCCGCAUCCAUGUACGCUUUACAUUUGGCCGUGCUGUCCAUUCGCAGUGGAGACUGCGAUGCGGCUAUCGUUGCCGGGGCCAACGUCAUACUUGGACCGGACAAUCAAAUCUUCACCACCAAGCUCGGAGCCGUCUCGCCCACAUCUCGCUGCCAUACCUUUGAUGCAUCAGCAGACGGAUACUCUCGAGCAGAAGGAUUCGGUGCCAUCUAUUUAAAAAAGCUCUCCGACGCUGUUUCUCGGGGAGAUCCAAUCCGCGCGGUUGUGCGUGGCACCUCGUUCAACGCCAACGGGAAAACGGGUGGUAUUUCGCACCCAAGCCCUGAUGGCCAGGAGGCUGUCAUUAGACAGGCUUACAAGGCUUCUGGUGGUCUUAAUCCAGAUCUAACGGGAUAUGUCGAGUGCCAUGGAACGGGGACGCCAGUGGGUGAUCCAAUCGAAGUUUCCGCUGUCGGGAGAGUCUUCUCUCCAGGGCGGAAAGAUGAACCCUUGUUAAUCGGAUCGAUCAAACCGAAUCUUGGGCAUAGUGAAGCGGCCAGCGCCAUGUCACAAAUCAUGAAAGCAGUGUUAGCAAUGGAGCAUGGAGAAAUCCCAGCCACUAUUGGAAUUGAAAAUUUUAACCCUGCAAUUGACUUCGAGGGAGCAAGGGCCAAGGUUGUGACCGAAAUGACCCCAUGGCCUGCCCACCUGCUUCGACGAGUUAGCGUUAAUAGUUUCGGGUAUGGUGGAGCUAAUGCUCAUUGUGUUCUAGACCACCCAAGUGUAGUCAUCCCCGGCUAUAGACUGCAAGGUCUUCCCAAGGCCGUUGCAAAGACUCCAAACGGGAUACCACAGACAAAUGACAACGGCCAGCUGAAUGGCACUAAGGGCUAUGGUAUCUCUGCUGAGAGUCUACCGUCGCUCAGUUGGUGUCAACCGUCGAAACUCAAUCAGAUUGAAGGAGCAGGGACCCGUCCGUUAAUCUUGCUGCCAGUCUCUGCCCACGAUGAGCGUGCGUUAAAGGCCAACCUCUCGGGUCUGGCCAAUUCACUGAAAAAUUACGAUCUCGCUGAUCUAACUUAUACCCUGGGAUGCCGGAAAUCAAAGUUUCCUCGCCGUGCCUUUGCCAUUGUCGAUUCCAAAGCAGUAACCGAUGGACUUGACUAUGACUUGAUGAUCUCCGGAAAGUCGCCGAGUUCCCCGGCACGGCGAAUUGGCUUCAUCUUUACGGGGCAGGGAGCUCAGUGGCCACAAAUGGGUGCACAAUUAUUGCAUGAAUUUGGAGUAUUCAGACGCACAAUCCAGUACCUGGACGUGGUUCUCAGCAAGCUGCAGAAUAAGCCAAGCUGGACGAUUGAGGGCGCACUUUUGGAGCCGGCAGCCACAAGUAAGAUUCAUGACCCGACAUUUUCGCAGACUGUUUGCACUGCCCUCCAAAUAGCAUUGGUGUCUCUGCUCAAACAAUGGGGAAUUAAUCCGAAGGCUACUGUUGGGCAUUCCUCUGGUGAAAUCGCAGCCGCCUAUGCUGCAGGGUAUCUGAAGGGAAGCGAGGCCAUCGUUCUUGCGUACUUUCGCGGUCAAGUAGUGGCAACCAACCAACGAAUGGGGCUCAUGAUGGCCGUUGGCCUAGAGCCAGCCCAAGCUGCAUCCUACUUGGACGGCAUUGAAGGUAACGUUAGAAUUGCAGCCAUUAACUCGCCACACAGCGUCACCCUUUCUGGCGAACCGGAAGCAAUUGACAAACUGAGCAAAACGCUGAGUGACGAAGGUGUUUUUGCUCGUGUACUGAAUACUGGCGGCAACGCAUAUCACUCUCACCAUAUGCAAGCUCUUGGGUCAGCAUAUGAAGAGCUAGCCACCCAAGGUCUUCACCAAGUUAAGCUACUCGUGGAGAAUGAGCCAUCAAACCCGUUCACGAAGUGGAUCUCAUCGGUGACAAUGAAAGAAGUAAGAGAACAGGUUCCUCCUUCUUACUGGCGACGCAACCUCGAGGCCCCCGUUCUUUUCUCGUCCGCAGUCGAGAGACUCGCUGAAGAUGGAUCUAUUGACCUUCUAAUCGAAAUUGGACCCCAUCCAGCCUUGGGCGGACCGUUGAAGCAAAUUCGUUCCACUUUAGAGAAGACCGGGUUGGUUCUUCCACCUUGUCUGGGAUCCCUUCGCCGCGGCGAACAUGACGUAACCAGCAUGUUGACUCUUGCUGGCAAUCUUUUCAUCAACAAUGCUCCAAUCAACUUGGUGGCUGUGAAUGCAACCGAGAAAACAGAAGAUGGGAUUCAUCUCUCUCAUGGCUUCCCUUGCAUCGAUAUGCCCCAGUACAAGUACUCGUAUCCGGAAACGCCAGUUCACUACGAGAAUCGGUUCAACAAGGAGUACCGUACCAGAAAGCACUUGCGUCAUGACAUUCUCGGUGCCCGAGUACCAGGUGGCUCAAGGACACACCCACAAUGGAGAAAUGUUCUGCGCUCGAAAGACCUUCCUUGGCUUGAAGACCACAAGCUUCUUCCGCAUGCCAUUCUUCCAGGAGCGGCGUACAUUGCAAUGGCUAUCGAAGCGGUCAGUCAGUUGCAUUACGAGGCGGAGGAUGCCUCUCCGAUCAAGUCCUUCCAGCUUCGUCAGGUAGCAAUCAAUUCGGCGCUUCGUGUGGAAGACACUGAGCUAGGUGUUGAGACAGUGCUCAAUAUGGAAAGGUUGCCAUUGACGAAUGCAGCCGUCAUGUCGCAAUGGUACAAGUUCAGCAUCGGUUCGAUUUUACCAAAAAGCGAUGAGUGGACCCAGCAUUGCACUGGGACAGUCUCCGUGGUCAUUAUGAAUACCUCGAUUGACGAAAGCCAACAACUAAAAGCCGACCCCCGUUCGAGAUCACUUGACGUCACGCGUUGGUACCGGAGUUUUGAUGCGGCCGGUCUGAGCUAUGGCCCGGCCUUUCAAGGCCUGUCGGAUCUGAAGGCAUAUCGUGGCUCUAAUGUUACAACUUCCAGUGUCUCCCUGCACCCCACAGCCGACUUUGACAAUGAAUCCGAGUACACGAUUCACCCGGCGACUCUGGACACUUGUAUCCAGCUGGCCCUGAUAUCUUGCCACGCAGGUCAGGUUGAGAACUUUGAGAAACCAUUCGUUCCUAUUUUUGCAGACAAUAUGACGAUUUGGGUUCCUGAAUCUCCCCACGAGCAGCAGGGUUUGGGAGUGGCAAGGGGAACGAUGACUGGUCUUCGAAGUGUGUACGCGCGGUCUCAGCUUUAUAGUUUGUCUGGUGCACCACUGCUAGACAUCGAGGAGCUGAAAUGCGUAUCCUAUGAUGGAGCCUUGGACGCUUCCACUUCGAACAUGGUCCGUGAACCGUACUGGCAACCAGUAGAAAAAGUCGACAUAGAGACCUUGACGCCGGCUAUUGCGGAGACCAUCUUCCCGCCAAAAGAAAUCCCGUCAUCAACUAUUACUGAAUUGGAGACUCUAUCUGCUCAUGUCCUUGCAAGUAUCAAUGAAGAGCUGCGUCACCACUCGGUCCAUGGCAAGACUCAGAACCAUGAAAGCUUCGCGAAAUGGGUGAAGUCGUGGGUAGGCUCUUCUGAGCGGCAAGAUCUGGAAAUCACCAGAGCAGAGAGGCUAGCUAUUAUUGAAAGGCUGGCGACGACGAACUUGCAGGAUAUUCCAGAAGCCAGAUGUCUCAAGGCACUGCACGGUAGCCUGAACGAAGUUCUUGGUGGAACAACCAACAGUGUGAAGGUGCUCAUGGAAAACAACCUCUUCACAAACUUGUUUGCAUCAGGCAUCUCCGUAAGCGGGGCAUACUCACAGCUGCGGCAUGUGGUAGACCUGCUAGGUCACAGAAAUCCGCGAAUGCGGAUAUUGGAGAUCGGCGGAGGCUCAGCUGGAGCAACCUCAACUGUCCUCGAAAUGUUGGCGUCGAAUUCCACAUCGAAGAGAUUCGAAGAGUAUGUGUUCACUGAUGCCGCACAGUGGUGUGUCACAGAAGCAAAGUCACGAUUCAACAAACAUGAUAGAUUAGUGUUCCAGACGCUUGAUGUCUUACAGGACCCUGUUUCCCAAGGGUUUGAAACCAAUUCGUUUGAUCUGAUAAUCGCCGCCGGUUGCCUCAGCGAGCUUGACUCUGCCGAGGCAGCAUUGAAGCAAAUACGCCCUUUACUGAAACCUUCGGGAUCACUUGUGCUGCUGGAGACUACGCGCUCAACGUUAGCUUCCGAGGUCCUUUCCCGUACGUUGACGGGUAAAUGGGACCACGAGCGAAUUAACCGAGGGAAGGCUGAGUGGAAUAACAUUCUAAAAGAAUGCGCGUUCUCGGGGGUCGAUAUUGCUCUUGAAGAUUAUACAGGACACCAACAAAUGACGACUGUCAUGCUCUCGAAGGCCCCUGGGAUCAAAGCAAAUGCCCCUUCGAUGACAAUGCAAGGAGCAAACAUCUUCAUAAUAUACCGAGACUUACUCCCUCUACUGGCUGAUGUGACUGCGAAAGUCUUGGCAAAGCAAGGCUUCAAUGCCAUCCCGAUUGAAUUGUUCUCCGGGCAUAAAAUCCCACGGAACUCGAUGGUCAUCAGCUUCGUUGAUGUCAACGGAUCGAUCCUUACUUGUCGUGGUGAAUUGUAUUUUAAAGAGCUGCAGGCAAUUGUCCCAAAUGUGUCAGCAAUGGUCUGGGUCGCGGCUGAUCUGAUCAUCCCUGGAGAAUCAUCGAUCAUGAAGGGCAUGUUAAGAUCCAUAACCACCGAAAAUGUAUUAUCAAAAUACGCUUUUAUCGAGUUGGAUUUCAGCCAUUACACAUCGCAAGUAAGGGCUGCCGAACUAAUCGUCCGCAAGAUGAAUCAGUUGCGGGUGCCUGCGUCUUCUGAGAUUCUAGAUCUCGAGUGUGUGAUUCGAGGAGGUGCUUUCUAUGUGGAGCGCUUACUGCCAGAAGAAACACUCAACAGUCAGUUCUACUUGCGCAAUGGGUUUGAAGAUGACGUCGAUGAACGCGCUGUCGGUACUCAGUUGCCCAUAAGGGCGCAGUAUGGACAAGCCGGUAUGCUCUCAUCACUGCACUUCACAAGUGACUCGGACUUUAGCAAGCCACUAGGGGACAACUGGAUUGAAAUCAAAACCGAAGCCAUUGGACUCAACAUGAAGGAUAUUGCUGUAGCCACAGCACGGUUUGAUCUGAACAAUCUGAGCACUGAGGGUGCCGGUUUUGUGACAGGGCUAGGUUCGGCUGUGACAUCCUUCGAGCUAGGUGACCGAGUCUUUGGUAUGAUUCCAGGAAACAUGGGUAAUUACCUUAGAUCUCCAGCGUCUCUGGUCUCAAAGAUCCCCGAUGAACUGUCAACAGACGGUGCCGCAUCGAUGCCAGUGGUCUAUCUCACCUCUAUCUAUGCUCUUAAGCAUCUUGCUAGGUUGGCCAAGGGUGAAUCCAUCCUGAUCCAAUCCGCAACCGGUGGUCUUGGAAUGGCAGCUAUCCAGAUAGCGCAGUCUCUAGGCGCGGAGAUUUAUGCAACAGUGGGUACGGAUGAGAAAGCCAAAAUACUUAUCGAUGAGUGUGGCAUUCCAGCCUCCCACAUCUUCAAUUCUCGAAAGCUGAGUACUGUUGAAAAAAUUCUGAAAGCCACCAAACAGAAAGGUCUAGAUGUGAUUCUGAGCAGUUCUGGUGGAGAUUUGAUGCAUGAAAUGUGGAGAUGCAUCGCACCUUUGGGUCACUUCAUUGAUAUCGGUAGAACAGAUGUUCUCGGAGGUGGUAAACUUGGGCUAGAAGUAUUCAAGAAAAAUGCGACUUUUUCAUCGUUUGACAUGGGCAAGAUCUAUCGACAAAAGCCAGACCUUAUCUCCAGAUUGAUGACGGAGAUGACGGGGCUAAUACACGAAGGCGUAAUUGGUCCCAUUCGGCACCUGACAACUUUCUGUAUUUCUCGCCUAGAAAACGCUAUGAAUUCGUUUUCCAAGGGAUUGCACACCGGGAAGUUUAUCAUAACUUUCCGCGAUCCGACUGCCACACUGAAGAUUGCGCGGCCAGUAGUUCGAGCCGUGUUUGAUCCAAAUGCGACAUAUCUACUAGUUGGCUGCCUAGGCGGUCUUGGUCGGAGUUUAUCCACCUGGAUGAUCGAGCAAGGAGCUCGGCAUCUAGCGUUCCUCUCCCGGUCUGGGACUAACAAGCCUGAAGCUGUCUCUAUUGUGGAAGAGCUAGCCGCAGCGGGCGCGUACCCGGAAGUAAUCCAAUGCAAUGUGGCUGAUCUGGAUGCCCUCGCUUUUGCCGUGAAGAAGAUAAGUGCGACGCGGCAAGUGAAAGGAGUGAUUCAUGCUGCAAUGGUGGAAGGGGAUGCGCUCUUCGAAAAUGCCGCGUGGUCCCAAGUACAGAAGGUCCUUGAACCCAAAGUCAUAGGCACCGUCAACCUUCAUCUUGCCACGAAGAGUCUCCCACUUGACUUCUUCUUGAUGACUUCCUCUAUUGUGGGAACUGUGGGUACACCUAGCCAAGGAGCAUACACAGCUGCAAAUGCAUUCCAGGACUCGUUCUCCAGGUUUCGUCAUUUGCAGUCCCUACCUGCCACGACUCUCGGCCUUGGGUUGAUUCUCGAAGUCGGCUCUGUCAGCUCUUCUAUCGGGUUCCAACAGAUGCUUCAGCGCAAUGCCACCUACGGUGUAUCAGAAACCGAGUUUCUACAGCUCCUGGAAGGUGCACUUUGUAAGCCCCAUUUCUCAUCAGAGGAAUCAUCCUCCUCCAAGCAGGACGCCAGUUACCCAGCACAACUGGUAACUGGGCUUGAGCCAGCCCGCUUCCUGCCCUAUCUGGAGAAUGAUCGAGUGAACGAUCUUGUAUGGUACAACAAUGCCCGAUUCCAGGGAGUUAGGCAGGCGAUUUCCGAUCGGGCUCGGACACUUGCCUCUGCUGGAAGUAACUCAUUAGGAGGCACUUCUUCGAUCGCCACACAGUUACAGAACGCAUCGACACCUGCUGAAAAGCUGGAGAUUUCGCAGACCGCCAUCACGACCCGUCUCGCAGAGCUCCUCAGUGUAGCAGCUGAUGAUAUUGACUCGAACAUGCCGGUCUCACGAUAUGGGGUGGAUAGCCUGGUAGCAGGAGAGUUGCGGAACUGGCUGAUCAAGACUUUCGGCCUUGAGGUUUCAAUGCUCCAACUUUUAAGCAAGAACGGAAAGAUCGAGGACUUGGUUAAAGGUGCUGCCAAGGUAGAUGGUUAG